AUGGUGAUUGACGACAACAGUAAUGAUGAAACCGUCAAAAUUGCCACAAUGGCGGGCGUUAGAGUAUACACGAAAAACGAAAAUAAGGGGAAGGCUGAUAGUCUUAAUUAUGCAAUCAAAUUAAUUGAUGAAUUAGCUGAUCCAAAUAAGAUUGCUUAUUUGCUCUCAAUUGAUGCUGAUACGAUUCUGCAAGCUAAUGGUGUGCAACGAUUAUUAGACUAUUUUUACGGGCAUAAUUAUGGCGGCGUGACAGCUAAUAUGGAUGUUGCCAAUCGCGAAAAUGCGUUAGCAAAGUCUCAAGUUGUCGAAUUUAGUUCCAUAGUUGGUAUCAUCAAACGUGCUCAGGUCGCUAUGACGGGCACAAUGUACGCUUAUUCCGGCGCAACGACAUUGUAUGCAAUGGCUGCUUUAAAAGAGGUUGGUGGUUUCAGAGAAGAUCGCGCGACGGAAGACAUUAGUAUAGCAUUUGAUCACUCUUUGAAUGGCUAUGAUGCUGGUUUUUUUUGCUCCGAUGUUUAA